AUGUCGGUCCUCAAGCAGAUCCUUGCCUUUUCGACGGCGCUUGCUUCUCUGGGAGGAGCUUAUGCCAAGCUCGACCUGUCUUCCCCGUCCAAUGUGGUUGUGUACUGGGGUCAAAACUCCCUAAAGGGGUCGGGAAACCUUGCGCAGCAGAAUUUGGCCUAUUACUGCGAUGAUGACAACAUUGAUGUUCUUGUACUUGCAUUCUUGAUGAGAAUCAACGGUGUGGGAGGCGUGCCCGAGUACGAAUUCGAGGACCAGAGCAAAAGCUGCGAGCUGUUCAACGGCACCAACCUGUCGAACUGCCCACAGAUUGGCGCCGACAUCACCACCUGCCAGAAGAAGGGCAAGACGGUGCUCCUGUCUAUCGGCGGCGCGACGUACAGCGAAGGCGGCUUCCAGUCGGAGUCUGCAGCCCAGGCCGGUGCCGACACAGUCUGGGAGACGUUUGGACCUCCCAAGGCUGGCUCCUCAGCCUUCCGGCCCUUUGGCAACGCGUCCGUCGACGGCUUCGACUUCGACUUCGAGGCCAACGUCAACAACAUGGCCCCGUUCGCCAACCGCCUCCGCUCCCUCUCCGACGCCGACACCUCGAAGAAAUACUUCCUCACGGCCGCGCCGCAGUGCCCGUACCCCGACCUCUCGGACCAGGAGAUCCUCAACGGCCCCGUCUCCAUCGACGCCGUCUGGGUGCAGUUCUACAACAACCCCUGCGGCCUGACCUCGUUCGUCCCCGGAUCCAACACCCAGAACACCUUCAACUUCGCGCAGUGGGACACCUGGGCCAAGAGUGUCUCGCAGAACAGGAACGCGCGCAUCAUGCUCGGCGUCCCGGCUAAUACCGGCGCCGCCAGCUCGGGAUACAUGCCUGUCUCGCAGCUGCAGGCGGUGAUUGACUACAGCAAGACCUUCGAUAGCUUUGGGGGCGUCAUGAUGUGGGAUGCCACCCAGGCGUAUGGCAAUUCGGGCUUCCUGUCUGGUGUCAAGAGUGCCCUGAAGAAGACGAGUUCGCGGAUUUCCCGCACGGUUUAUCGCCUUCCGACACGGGGGUGGCUGUUCGGGGCUGAUAACUAA